CCUUUUUUCCUGUUUUGGUCUCUUUCUCUCUCUUCCCUUUGAUGAAUGAAAGAAAUGUAAUGUAGGACUAUGUAACCAGCUCUAUGUUACUACCGGUUCUUUCUUUCUAUCAAUUUUUUCUUUGAUGUCUCUUUCACAUUCAUUUUCAUUUCCUUGCUUAUACUAGCGGCAACCUUAACUGCUUCUACUUACUCUCACACCAACUUAUUCUUCUCUCUCUCUCUACACAAUUCCCUUCAUCAACCAUCAAGUAACAGACAACUUCACCUAUCAUUUACACCAAAGAAUUCUCUAAAUCUAUACACCUUCAAGGGUUUCCCAUUAUACCCUUUACACAUCACAAAGUUCUUAUCUUUAUGUUUUUCUUGUUGAGUUUUUUUACUUGAAUUAUACAAGCUAUAUCUAUAUAUAUGUUUGUAUAUAUAUAGUUGUAGUAGAGAUAGAUCAAAGGUUGUUUUUUUUGUUUGUACAAUCAAUCAAGGUUGUUUUUUUUUAAUUUGUAUAACCAAUCAAUCAAGCUUGUGUUUUUUUCUUAGCUUGUGAUGUUUGUUGUUCUCACAUUUAUUUAAAGUUCAAAUUUUUAGGUAAAGGGGUUGGCCUAAUUUGGGUGCUUUUUUCAUAGAGGGUGUUAAAAAUUUGAACUUUAUUGUUUGUCUUUGUGAUGUUUGUCAUGGGUGUUUCUUUGAUUUUUCGGGUAUGACUCAUAGUUUACAAUUAAGUAGAUACGUCUGCGUGAUCAAAUAUCGUGUGUUCUCUGAUUGAAUUCGAGGAUCAUUUGGAAUUUAGAGGGGAAGGUGUGAAAAAAAUGCCUGAAGGGGGAAGAAAGAGGAUACAUUUUAGCAAACUAUAUUCAUUUUCUUGUUUCAAGUCACCAUUUAAAGAGGGUCAUUAUCAAAUUGGACAAAAAGGGUAUUCAAGAGUUGUUUAUUGCAAUGAUCCUGAUAACAUUGAAGCAAUUCAGUUGAAUUAUGAUGGAAACUAUGUUUCAACUACCAAGUAUACAGCUUUUAAUUUUAUACCAAAGUCAUUGUUUGAACAGUUCAGAAGAGUUGCAAAUAUCUACUUUCUUGUUGUUGCUUGUGUUUCGUUUAGUCCUUUGGCACCUUAUACAGCUUUGAGUAUUGCUGCGCCUUUGGUGGCUGUUAUUGGUGCUACUAUGGCCAAAGAAGCUGUGGAAGAUUGGAGAAGGAGAAGACAGGAUAUAGAGGCGAACAACAGAAAGGUUCAGGUAUAUGGUAAAAACAAUACAUUUGUGGAGACAAGAUGGAAGAAGCUUCGUGUCGGUGAUGUGAUUAAAGUGUACAAAGAUGAAUACUUUCCUUCUGAUCUUCUUCUACUUUCAUCAAGCUACGGGGACGGUGUUUGCUAUGUCGAGACAAUGAAUCUUGACGGAGAAACUAAUCUAAAAUUAAAGCAUGCAUUAGAGGCUACAACUCGUCUUAAUGAUGAAGAAUCUCUGCAGAAGUUUAGAGCUAUGGUCAAAUGUGAGGAUCCUAAUGAAAAUCUAUACUCAUUUAUUGGAACUUUGAAAUACGAGGGUGUAGAAUAUCCUCUUUCAUUGCAGGAAAUCCUUUUACGAGAUUCUAAGCUGAGAAAUACCGAAUAUAUCUACGGCGUUGUUAUCUUUACUGGCCAUGAUACAAAAGUGAUGCAAAACUCCAUUGAUCCUCCGUCAAAGAGGAGCAAAAUUGAGAGAAAAAUGGAUAAGAUAAUUUACAUUCUCUUCAGUACUUUGAUUUUGAUAUCCUUUAUCGGUUCUUUGUUUUUCGGUGUCGAGACCAAAAGGGAUAUUACUAGUGAUGGAAAUUACAGAAGAUGGUAUCUUCAUCCAGACGAGUCAACAGUAUAUUUCGAUUCUAGAAGAGCAGGCCUCGCCUCGAUUCUUCAUUUUUUGACUGCGCUUAUGCUGUAUGGGUAUCUAAUUCCGAUAUCACUUUAUGUGUCGAUAGAACUUGUAAAAGUUCUGCAGUGUAUUUUCAUCAACCAAGAUCAGGAAAUGUAUUUUGAAGAAUCGGAUCGGCCAGCUCAUGCACGGACGUCUAAUUUGAAUGAAGAACUCGGUCAAGUUGAUACUAUAUUGUCUGAUAAAACAGGUACUUUGACAUGUAACUCUAUGGAGUUUGUCAAAUGUUCCGUUGGGGGUAUUCAGUAUGGUCGCGGUAUUACCGAAGUAGAGAAGGCACUUGCUAGGAGAGCGAAGGGUGGAGAAUCUGAAGGUGAUGCGUAUUCAUUGGAUAUCUUGAGUAAGAGUAGCGAGGCUGUGGAACCUCAGAAACCAAUUAAAGGCUUUAACUUUAAAGAUGAACGUAUAAUGAACGGAUUAUGGAUUAACGAACAACAUCCGGACAUCAUAGAGAAAUUCUUUCGAGUUUUAGCUAUAUGUCAUACAGCAAUUCCUGAUGUAGAUAAAAAGUCGGGUGAAAUUUUGUAUGAAGCUGAAUCGCCAGAUGAAGCGGCAUUUGUCAUAGCUGCAAAAGAGCUUGGUUUUGAGUUUUUUGCUCGGACACAAACAAGCAUUUCGUUGCACGAACUCAAUCAUGAAAGAGGAAAAAGGGUUGACAGAGUGUACCGGCUUCUGCAUAUCUUAGAGUUCAGCAGUUCUCGCAAAAGAAUGUCGGUGAUAGUGAGGAACGAGGAAAAUAAAAUAUUGCUCCUAUGCAAGGGUGCAGACAGUGUUAUGUUUGAAAGGCUCUCGGAAUAUGGAAGAGAAUUUGAGGCUGAAACCAAUAAUCAUAUAAAAAAAUAUUCCGAGGCAGGUUUAAGAACUCUCGUGAUCACAUACCGUGAACUUGGCGAAGAAGAAUAUAACCAAUGGGACAAGGAGUUCUCGAAGGCCAAAACAUCUUUAGCAGCAGACCGUGAUACACUGGUCGAUGCAGCUGCUGAUAAGAUGGAAAGAGAUUUGAUACUUCUUGGAGCUACCGCAGUCGAGGAUAGACUGCAAAAAGGGGUUCCUGAAUGUAUUGAAAAUCUUGCUAAGGCAGGAAUCAAGCUAUGGGUAUUGACCGGGGACAAAAUGGAAACUGCGGUCAACAUCGGGUAUGCUUGUAGUUUACUUAGACAAGACAUGACACAGAUAGUGAUCACUCUUGAUUCAUCGGAAAUCCUAUCAUUGGAGAAACAAGGGAACAAGGAGGCUCUAAUAAAGGCCUCUCAUGAUAGCAUUGAGAAGCAAAUUAAUGAUGGAAUCUUGCAAAUCAAGUCAGCGAAAGAGGGUUCCUCAUCGGAAAGUUCUUCGUUUGGCUUGAUAAUUGAUGGGAGGUCCUUGGAGUAUUCUCUCAACAAUGCUUUGGAGAAACCGUUCUUUAAGUUGGCUAGUAAUUGCGCUUCUGUCAUUUGUUGUCGGUCUUCGCCAAAACAAAAAGCUCGUGUUACGAAAUUGGUGAAAUUGGAAACAGGAAAGACAACGUUAUCUAUCGGCGAUGGUGCAAAUGAUGUUGGCAUGCUUCAGGAGGCUGAUAUUGGAGUUGGCAUUAGUGGUGCAGAAGGGAUGCAGGCUGUGAUGGCGAGUGAUUAUGCAAUUGGUCAAUUCCGUUUUCUAGAGCGUUUGUUGUUGGUACAUGGCCACUGGUGCUAUAGGAGAAUAUCAAUGAUGAUAUGUUACUUUUUCUACAAAAACAUUGCAUUUGGAUUCACCCUAUUUUGGUUUGAAGCAUAUGCAUCAUUCUCCGGUCAAGCCGCUUACAAUGAUUGGUACAUGUCGUGUUACAAUGUGUUCUUCACUUCAUUACCGGUAAUCGCCCUCGGUGUUUUUGAUCAAGAUGUUUCUGCCAAACUAUGCCAAAAGUAUCCCUUUCUAUAUCUAGAAGGAGUAGAGAACACUCUCUUCAGCUGGCCACGGAUAAUCGGUUGGAUGUUAAACGGAGUCAUUAGUUCCUUGCUAAUCUUCUUCUUAACGACUAAUUCCGUCUCAAACCAAGCCUUCACAAAAGACGGUCAAGUAGUAGAUUUCGAAAUACUCGGUGUGAUAAUGUAUACUUGCGCAAUUUGGGUUGUGAAUUGCCAAAUGGCACUUUCAAUCAACUACUUCACUUGGAUUCAACAUUUUUUCCUUUGGGGUAGUAUCGCAUUUUGGUACAUUUUCUUGAUUGUUUAUGGUUACAUAUCUCCAACCACAUCAACAACAGCUUAUAGAGUAUUUAUGGAAGCAUGUGCUCCUAGUGCUUUAUAUUGGUUAGUUACUCUUUUUGUUGUUGUUUGUGUUCUUUUACCAUAUUUUUGUUAUAGAGCUUUUCAAAGUAGGUUUCUACCAAUGUAUCAUGAUAUCAUACAAAGAAAACAAGUAGAAGGAACUGAGUUUGAGAUAGGUGAUGAGUUACCUAAAAAAUUUCAAGGGAAAUUAAUACAUUUGAGAGAAAGGUUGAAGCAAAGGGAACCUUGAAAUGUGUAAAAUGUAGAUUUGGUUUGAAACUUACAUUCUUGGAGAUGGAUUUGUAUUUGGUUUAUUGCUUAGUUUGGAGGUGAUUUGUGUAGUAAGGUUUGUUAAUAGCCUUUUCUAGAGAUGAUUUCAUUAUUUUUUUUAUUUAGUUUAUACCAUAAGAGGUAGAUUAGCUAUGUAAAGAUUGUGUAAAUUGUUGUACCAUAUAUAGAAUUUGUAUUGGUUAAUGGUAA